GUCAGGGCACACAUGCCUCAGCUGUGAGAGGCUCUGCUCCCUUUGGCUGGCCAGCAUCCCAGAGUGGAGGCAGAAAGAGAGAGGGAGAGAGACGGAGACAGAGAGGGCCGAGUGACAGAUACAGAGGUGGAGAGAAAGUUAAAGUGCAAAGUAGACUAGAAAGAAACGAGUGGUGGAGAAAGUUGUCUGUUAGAGAGGAAAAAGGAAUUUGGAAGUGACCUUUGUGCAGCGUGGCUCCUGCAGGUUGUUUUUCAGCAGUGUAUUUUUAUCCCCAGUGAGUGUGCAAGUGGUUUGUGUUUGGAGUUGACAGCCAUGGCGGAUUCAGGUGUGAAGCUGGAGCGGGCGGCCUUAACAGAGGUGCCUUAUGAUGAUGAGGAGGUGGCCCUGGUGGGUGCUGCCACCGAGCCGGCUGUAGAUGAUGAUGACCCUGCUGAGGAGGUGGACCUGGUGUUGGCCACCGGCCCUGGAGGCAAGAGUGAGGCACAGGUGAACGGGGUGAUGGUCCUGUCCCUGCUAGACAAGAUCAUCGGGGUGGUCGACCAGAUCCAACAGACCCAGAACGGGCUGGAGGCCCGGCAGGAGGCCAUGGAGAAGUCCGUGUCAGGCAUCCAGGGGGAGCUGGCUAAGCUGUCCAAGAGCCACAUCGGCACCGCCAACACUGUCAACAAAAUGCUGGAAAAGGUGCGCAAGGUCAGUGUCAACGUCAAGACGGUGCGGAGCAACCUGGAGAAGCAGGCGGGCCAGAUCAAGAAGCUGGAGAGCAACGAAAAUGAGCUCCUCAAGAGGCGCAACUUCAAAGUCCUCAUCUUCCAGGAUCACAUGAAGGCACCAAAAGCAUCCAAGUCGAAGGCUGCAGAGACCGUAACUGAAGGUGAAGCAGUGGAGGGCCUGGAGCAAAUUCCUGAGGAGGGAGGUGAGGAGCUCGCCGGCAUCCUCAAUUCAGACGAGGAGGUAGAGAUAGAGGAGAUCAUCGAGGAGUCUCGUGCCCAGCGCAUCAAGCGCACCAGCAAGGAGCGCGUGGACAACAUAAAGAAAGCCUUCUCCAAAGAAAAAAUGGAGAAGACCAAGCUCAAGACCAAGGAGAACCUGGAGAAGACCAGACAGAAAACCCGUGAGAACCUGGAGAAGACAAGACAGAAAACCCGCGACAACCUGGAGAAGACCAAGCACAGCCUGGAGAAGAAGAUGGGCAAGAUCAGCUCCCGCAUGACCCCCAACCAGGAGCGCAAGGCCAAGCUCAAGAGCUCCAAAGACAAGGUGAAGAAGUCCCUGACCCCUGACCACACCGUGUACGCUCGUUCCAAGUCGACCGUGUACCGCGUGCCCCCUUUCACCUUCCACGUGAAGAAGAUCCGAGAAGGGGAGGAGGAGGUGCUGGAAAACACGGAGAUGGUGGAAGUGGCCAAGACCGAGGGCUUGCCGGAAGGAGAGGAGGAUGGGCUGGGUGUGCACGUGGAGGUGGAGGAGGGGGAGCUGGUGAGCGUAGACAGCCCAGAGAUGGAGGCUCUCUUGGAAGUGACCGAGGACUCUCAGCUGGUCAUGGUGGAGACAGACCACGUAAAGAAGGCCCACAGCGAGUAGAGCGGUCCACACCGCUGUGAUCUCAGAAAGGAUGCAACGCAAAAAUGAAGAGAGGGAGGGCGUUUCCGUGAAUGAUUCUAAUCACAAGGACACAGUAUUAGUUAUAGGGACUUUCUGGACGUGAUCACAAUCUAUGACGUCUCUCUUUUGUGUUCUGUUUUCUUUUUAUCUUUCCCAACAGGGAUGACUUUUACUUUGUUAUUUGUUCCUCUUUAGCAUAGAAAUUUUGAAAAAAAAAGAGCUAGUUUUUGACAUGCUGCAGGAUGUUCCUCUUUAUUCCUGGUUUCUUUUCUUAGCUUUGUAGGUUUUCUGUGAGUGGCUGCUAUCAUUCAGAACAACAAUCAUCCUUGAUCUGGAGGUCUAGGGGUUUUGUUGUUUGUGGAUUUUGAUGUUUUUUAAAAUGGAGUGGCCACACGGAAAAGGUAUAAAUACUCUUUGCCAUGGUGAUGAAAUGUACAAUAUUUGCCAUGUAACAUAUACACACCCAUAAGUAUGGUAACAGGAGGUUGCAAGUGAAGUUUGUCUCAUUAUUGAAGGUUUGCAGUUAUGUGAUGUCCAUGUCUAAACGAAAUGAAUGAACAAGUGGGCAAGGUUUAGGCCCAGGAAAGACAUAAAGAGGAUUAAGGAGAUGAGGAGACAAAAGGGAAUGGACUUAGCGAGUGGCUGAUUCUUGACUGAAGAGUUUACAAAAAAAUAAAAAAAACAAACAAAACAAACAAAACAUUAGUCAGAUAUGCUGAAAGCAUUUUCAACUAUUUGACAUUAGAUCAUUAAGCUUUUUAAUGCCAGUGGGGGCUUGGCUUACUCAGCUAUUGUGCCAAAUGUUAAAAUGCCAUGUUUUUCGCAUAUUCAAGAUUGAAAUGUACAGCGGGUGCCAGAAGAGAGUAUAAUGUCAUGUAAUCUGAAACUGUAUCAUGGAAUGAAAGGUCUGCUUAUAUUUGUUGCUUUUUUUUUUAAUAUUCAGGUAAUCGAGGUUUUACAAACUCAACAACUCAUGAUUAAUAUAUGAAACUACUGUUGUGAAAUUCAUUUCAAGAAUAGUAUUGUCUUUUGCCAAAAAUUAGUAUUGUAUUUUUAAAAAUAGGAUCAUAAGGAACAUGAAAAAUCACCUCAUCAUUCUUCGAUUGAGGUUAAAGUUGUACUAUAUCAUUAUGUGGGGAAAUAACUCUCUCUUCUGAUCCGGGGUCCUCAUUUAGAGCUGCUCUCUAAUCUACGAUCCAUCCAAAAUUCAAUCAAAUGCCAAAGACCGAUGCCAAUGGAAUUUAGAAGUCAACCUUUGCUGAUGUGUUCUUUACUAUGCAUGCUUUAUAACGCUAGAAAAAACACACUUUGAAUGUUAUUUACUGUAAAAUGUUUGGCUGUAUAUUUACCAUGCCUCAUGCAAUGUACGUGGAAAAUGCUGUUAACCCCCACUGCUGCACAUAGGAGAGGAAGACUGACUGUGUCACCAUAAUCACACUCAUCAAGGUGCAUUUGCAGAUCCCCAUUCAAUUUCCCAGGCAGAAAAAGGACAGUGUGAAACCCCUGAAGCAUAUUUAAGUGCCGGAUGAUGGUUUGAUGACAUACUCCAUCACACAUGGAAAUGUAAAUGUCAUACUGAAUGGUAUAGAAUCGAAACAGCACACUGCCAGGUACUGGGAAACGGCAUGGCACUUUAAUAAAUGUCAGCGAGGGGGUGGGAUGACCAGAUCCAAAUCCUGUUUGAUGAGCUGUAAUCUUAUCUUAUGUACAUUCUCAGAAGAAACAGAAGUGAGAUCACACACAAAGCGUCGGUAGCGAGUCACAAAUCGGUGUUCCCGAAAGCCAAAUACUAAAACAUGUUCGUUUCUUAAUGCAUUAAAUGCAUUUAACCUGACUGGUCUGUGGGAAUCGUCCUUGUCUUUUUUAGGGUUAUAAAUAUAAAGGGAAAUGCAUCCGAUCGUCUCACUAUCCUCCACAAAUUUAAGGUUAUCAAUGUUCAGAAAAUGCUUACAGAGGCCUGAUAGCUCAGGGCAGGAAGUGGCUGAACAUAUGGCUUCCUUCUUUUCCCCCAGAGCCCAUUGCGACUGACCUUGAUGUAGUGCAGGCAGGCAGAAGCCCACUGUGGAGCAUUGGACACCAUUAGAAUAAUCAAUGGGCUGGGGAAUGUGAUUAAGGAGAGUGUUCCCUCUGAGCUCUGAGCAGGGAAGAGAGGAGACAACAGUAUGUGUGCGUGUGUGUGUGUGAAUGAGAUCCACAGUGUACACACCAAUGUGUACAAGAAGAAGGGAGCACCCACCCACAAAAAUAAUCCAAUCCCAUCUCCAAAUUUUAUUCAAAUGCGCUGGUGAAAGAGCGAAGCUGUCGAAAGCAACAGAAUAGUGUUGAAUAGAAGAGACAUUGUGGCAUCACGCCAGCUCAUUGUGUGUCAAAUUGUAACUGAAAAACAUGAAUUUGCAUGGCAUAUCAAAUGCUGCUUUUUCUUCACACACGGUUCCUGCUUAUUCAAACGUAAUUCAUCUGGCAGCCAGGGGAACGGUGUACAUUUUUCCCCAUUCCAAGAGGUUAAACCCGGCUAUUAAAGAAAUUAUAUAUAUUGACUGGCUGGAACUGCGGGGACAGAUCAAGCAAACCCCAUAUAAAAUAAAAGCAGUGUCAUUCUGUAAAAUGAUGAGCCACACUACUGCAAUGAGAUGUCCACAUAUCCAGAAAUAGAAAAUAUGACACAUAAUUGCUCUUGGUGUUACUAGUUCCUACUCAAACCUUGAGUUCAUUAUGAGGCCUCUUUUGAUGCCC